GGCAGGGUAAUGUGUGGGGUUGUUCCCCUGGGAGGGGAGAUGCUGUGAGAUGCUGCUUCCAGAAUGCAGGGAUGGCAAUGCUCUGUUUCCAUAGCGAUGGAGUCAGUGAGGAGCUGCCUGGCUGGUAACAGCUAGCAGAUUGCUCAUUACUGAAAACUUCCUUGGUUAUGCAUAAAAAAAUCCAAGCAUCUCUUCACCAUGCCCACCGAUGGAAUGCCAGUUCCUGGACCGAAGGCGGUUGGAAGAAAAAUGAGCAAUUCCUUGUGUGUGGGAUUUGUCAGCAAGGACUAUUCAGAGAUCCCUUUGUUAAGGGGUACAUCGAGGAUGCUGGACCACGUCAGGCCUGUUUCUUCCUCCCCAGAGUACAGUUUUGUUCCAGAAGAGGUUUUCCGAGCCUUGACCUGUGCUAGCAGUUCUCUUGGCAGCCCAGACUACUUACAGUCCCACCAAAAAACAAAAAACACAGUGGGCUUCAGGGGCUGCCUGCAAACCCCAGAUCGGCUUUGGCAUUAUCCUAAUCGUCGGAGCAAGUUCAGACACUUGACAGACCAUCCUGUCAGCUUGACAGGCGCUGGAAGGGAUGUUUCUUACUUGUGUGAUGUGAUGAUCCAAGAAGAUAAGAAAACAGUGGCCCUCAAAAGCUCUUUUUCUCGGAGUCCUCAGAAACAAAGCAGUGGUACAGUCUCAAGUACUCCUCAAGCAACCCUAGCAGAUAGUCUAGUUCCUGAGGAAUUUCACAUCGUGAGAAAGCAGGGAGUUUUGCCCUUGAAGUACUUUGAUGAGUAAGUACUUUCUGAUUGACCAGGA